AUGGAUUCAGAGGCCAACAAAGAUUAUGGCCAGAGUAUUGAAGACAAACAGCUUCAAUCAGAGCCGGACAAGGGUCAAACGGGUGCUGCUGGCUUGGCCCUCAUCGCCACGUCGUAUCAGGGGCUUGUGUUUAUCGUCAGGGACAGUUUGGCUUUAGACGGUGGUCAGGAGCCGGUGGUCAGGGGCCGGUGGUCAGGGGCUGGUGGUCAGGGGCUGGUGGUCAGGGGCUGGUGGUCAGGAGCCGGUGGUCAGUGGUCAGGAGCCGGUGGUCAGGGGCCGGUGGUCAGGGGCUGGUGGUCAGGGGCUGGUGGUCAGGGGCUGGUGGUCAGGGGCUGGUGGUCAGGGGCUGGUGGUCAGGAGCCGGUGGUCAGUGGUCAGGAGCCGGUGGUCAGGGGCCGGUGGUCAGGGGCUGGUGGUCAGGGCCGGUGGUCAGGGGCCGGUGGUCAGGGGCCGGUGGUCAGGAGCCAGUGGUCAGGAGCCGGGGGUCAGGGGCCAGUGGUCAGGGCCGGUGGUCAGGGGCUGGUGGUCAGGGGCUGGUGGUCAGGGGCUAGUGGUCAGGAGCCGGUGGAGCCGGGGGUCAGGGGCCGGGGGUCAGGGGCCAGUAGUGGGGCCAGUGGUCAGGGGCCGGGGGUCAGGGGCCAGUGGUCAGGGCCGGGGGUCAGGGGCCAGUGGUCAGGGCCGGGGGUCAGGGGCCGGGGGUCAGGGGCCAGUGGUCAGGGGCUGGUGGUCAGGGGCUGGUGGUCAGGAGCCGGUGGUCAGGGGCCGGUGGUCAGGGGCCGGUGGUCAGGGGCCUGUAGUCAGGGGCUGGUGGUCAGGGGCCGGUGGUCAGGAGCCGGUGGUCAGGGGCCGGGGGUCAGGGGCCAGUGGUCAGGGCCGGGGGUCAGGGGCCAGUGGUCAGGGCCGGGGGUCAGGGGCCGGGGGUCAGGAGACGGGGGUCAGGAGCUGGUGGUCAGGGGCCAGUGGUCAGGGCCGGGGGUCAGGAGCCGGAGGUCAGGGGCCAGUGGUCAGGGCCGGGGGUCAGGGGCCAGUGGUCAGGGGCCGGGGGUCAGGGGCCAGUGGUCAGGGGCCGGGGGUCAGGAGCCGGUGGUCAGGGGCCGGGGGUCAGGGGCCAGUGGUCAGGGCCGGGGGUCAGGGGCCAGUGGUCAGGGCCGGGGGUCAGGGGCCGGGGGUCAGGAGCCGGGGGUCAGGAGCUGGUGGUCAGGGGCCAGUGGUCAGGGCCGGGGGUCAGGAGCCGGAGGUCAGGGGCCAGUGGUCAGGGGCCGGGGGUCAGGGGCCAGUGGUCAGGGGCCGGGGGUCAGGGGUCGGUGGUCAGGGGCCAGUAGUGGGGCCGGCGGUCAGGAGCCAGUGGUCCAAGAGAAGGCAUGGUAUCGUUGGGUGGAAGUGGCUCUUGGAUUUGGUGUGAGAACCUGCAGGCGGCAAGUGCUGAAGCCGCUCAAAAUGACGUCAGGCUUAUUGCCUCCCCCUUCUUUGUAUUCCCCUUUCUUUAUAAAAAAAUGA